AUGUUUGGGUCCGCGCAGGUCCGCGCCGGGUUUGCCGAGAAAAUCGAAGCGCUCGCAAGGCUUGUGGCAGAGGCUCAGGUGGAAGACUUCCCGCUGUCAUCCGAGCCAGGGCUGGAGACCAAUCCAGCACGUGACACUGGUGUCACUGCGCCUGUGAGUGAGUCUGCUCCGGCGCCCGCUGCUCCGGCGCAAGAGCGGCGAAAGCGUCAACGAAUCGAUUGGACUGCGAAGGCCGCAAGGCCUCCAACGCCGCGUAGCGUCAAAGAGGCUCUGGACCAACUGGGCCACCGUGACCGGACUGAUGCACGAGAUGCCUGGGUGUUCCGUUUCCUUGCCGCAGCACCGGACCUGAAGGCGAAGUUUUCGGACAGCAAAGCGGCUAAGGCAGCUUUACGGAAGUAUUUCGCAUCGAGUACGAGCGAAAUGCUGCGGCACGAGUGGUAUAAGCAUUGGGUGGCGCCUGCGGCUUGCGGCAAGCCAGCUUUUCCUUCCACGGAGGUUGUUUUGGCAUGGUGGCGACAGCAUUCAGACUUGGACUUGCAGAUCGUCGCUAGCAGCGCUCCUGGAAACCAUGAUGGUGACCCUGCGCCAGCAGAUGGACACGAGGGAGGGUCUCGUGUGCAUGGCUACAUGUUGACCUGGCACGGCCGCUGGGGUUGUCGAAAUCCGGAAGCCCAGGAACUCAUGCAGAUGAGUGCGACUACGCCUUCAGCUGUGUUAGUGCACUUAGUUUCUGGCAGCGCUUUUUACAAGUGGCUUUGGCAGCAGUUCAAAGUCAUGGCGUUGGGCGCGUGCGAAAAGUUGGAAUGGCCUCGGCACACAUUGAAAAUGGAGCUUUCAUUGCGUAGACGUUGCCCCGAGAAUCUGGUGCAUUUCCACCUUGCAGUCACCGACUCCAAUCGACGCCAUAGGCUGAGCAAUGAGAAUGGCUUUUGGACGUUCAUGGGUGCCCAGCCACAUGUUCAGCCUGUUUUGGGAAAAGGGAGAUAUUUGACGAGGGCUCUUGAUGCUGGCCACUAUUACUGUCAGGCGCCGAAGAUAGGCAGCGUGCACGUGGCUACCAACUACGUGGCGUAUCGAGAUUUUACAGUGGAACUCCAAACAAUAUUUAACUUGUGGCGACGCCACAAGCUUGAAGAUUCUGUGGCGAAAUCCGAGCUCAUGACGGCACGUGGCCGCGGGACUCGCAACUACUUGGCCGAGAUCCAGCAUCAUGAGGCGUGGCAACAGGCGCGACGGAAUGCAGCGGUUAAGGCUUUGUUGGAAAGCUGGAUGCCUUGGAAGCCGAGCCGUAUCGUUCCUGCAGUUGUGGAAUGGAUGCAGCUCUUUGCAACAGUUGGCACGAGGGCACGCUUUCCUUUCCUGGUUCUUGUUGGCCCUAGCCAGUAUGGAAAAACCGAGUACGCGAAGCGGCUCUGGGGCGCAGAGCGGACGCUGGUGCUUUCAUGCGAGGGUAUUCGACAACCGAAUUUGAAGGGCUUUCAGCGACAAGUUCACAAAUGCAUAGUUUUCGACGAAGGCAAUGAAGAGAUGAUUUUGUCGAACAGGCAGCUCUUUCAGGCAGGUUUGAACGAGUGCAUGCUUGCGCAGUCCAACUGUCAAGAGCACUGUUACUCGGUGUGGCUGUAUGGCAUCGCUCUGGUGAUUUCCACGAACACCUGGAUUGGCGAGGAUCCAUGGCUUGCGAAGAAUGCAGUCGUCGUCCGCGUAGACGUUGCAUGUCUUCGAAGAAAGAUUUCUUCGUUGUCACGGACGAGAAGAGCCGAGAAGCAGCGGGAAGCCAACAUGGGCUUGAAUCCCCGUCAAGUGUUUGUCUUAUUGGCGAUUUAUGUACUUACUGGUGACCCAGCGGUGGCUCUCGAGUAUAUCAGCGCGAAGGCUGCGCGUGAACAGAUGGAAGAGGCAGACGCAGAAGACAAGAAACGAUAUGUGGAAGAGCUGUACCUCAAAACAAGCUUGGAAGACAUAGCAUCGCUGCAGGAUCCUUCUGGUUCGCGGCAGGGCAUUUACAAGACUGCACAGCGUUGGAUUGCCAGACGAAAAGCCAGAAACUUCGUGUGCAAUAUGAAUGCGAUUGGCGUGGCUCCAAGUUCAGAGCAAGUUGCAGAAGAAUAUCGCAAACAAAGUGCGUCCUUUGUGCCAACUACCGAUGCCCGUGGAUUACGAGCCUGGAGCAGUCGCUUCCGUCGCAGUUUUGCCUUCCGGCUGGGCAAGAUGAAAGCGGCCAAGCCAGUGGGAGAUGUUUGUGCAAAGGCCGUGCUCUUCUGGCGCCACGCUGCUUGGUUGGAACGCUCCAGCACGAAGCAGCCAGUCUACAUCAAUAUAGAUGAAACGGCUUUAGCCUAUUCGUUCCAUGCUGCGCCUGGCCUGAUACAGCGGAAAUUCCACGCAGAGGUUCAAAUUAGACCUCAAGACGCACGUGGGUGCAUCACCCACGUCGCUCUCGUCUCAAAUGUCCUCGGUGUGCAAGCGUAUUUGCCACAGAUUUUAAUAUGUAACAAGCGUCGUCUCAGCAGAACCCUGGAGCAACAAUUGCAAAGCGUUGUUCCCUCCACCGUGAUGCUCUGUCGUGAGGAUUCCUCAUGGAAUUCAGCACGACAUAUGGUCUCCUUGCUCACUCUCUUGGGUCAGCUCUUUCGCAUCCGCUUCCCGCAAUAUCAGGCCAUUGUUGUCUUCGACGCGGCCUCGUGCCAUCUUUCUCCGGGCGUCAUAAGAGAAGGACGCCUCCAGGGGUUAUUCAUGCUGCCGGUGCCCCCAGGCAUGACGUCCUACCUGCAGCCUCUAGAUUUAUGGUGUUUUGGACCAUAUAAGAAAUGGCUGGAGCGCGAAAACCGCCAGCAGCGAAUUUGCCAAAAUGGGUCCGUGUCUCUAGAGACUUGGUUUAGAACAAUUUUCAAAGCGUGUACAGACUACUGGACGAAUCGUCCCUUUUGGAAGGCCUUUGCACAGGCAGGCCUUCCCACAUCCGAGCAAAGGUUGCAUGGCAAGCUUGCCUCGCUGUUCCCGGAGGGAAUUCCCAGUCUGGAGCAAGCUUUGUCUCAAGAUGAAUUUGCCCAGUUGUUGCCUAAAAGGCACGACUUGACCCGGACUUUUUCUGACUGGGUGGGCGGUCCCCGGCGAGAGGUGCCGGUGCUUUCCUAA